AUGGCUGCUUCAAAUGAGCAAUACCCCCCUGACUUCUCCGACGACAGAGGUCUCGCCCUGAUAUCCGACAUCGUAGACUGGCAAAUCAAUCAUGGCUCAUUGCUCAAGCACAUUGAUCCCGAGACUCAUUUCCCUGACGAUUCCUCCCACUGCUAUCCCGUGGGGGUCACGGUCUUUCCUACAUUAUUCCCCCGAGAGCAAUUCGAUCGCGCCUGUGGAUUACAAACUAUUUACAAUGAACUGUACUGCGGUAUGGCUGAAGAUGAACAAUGGAUUUUCGAGGCAAUCCAGGGCCUGAUUCCGGUUGACCCCCUCGCUGCAGCGCUCUGGGACAUCCAUGAGGAGGUGAAAAAAGUCGGAUAUGCGCAAAAGCUAUCGGUCGGCAUUUUCCGAUCGGAUUACAUGCUGGACGGCCCUGGGGCAGAGUUUCCUCUCCGACCAGGAGAGAAUCUUGAUGGCUCUUUGAAGCAGGUCGAGCUGAACACGUUCUCGUGCGCAGGGGCAACCCAUGCGAACAAAGCGGUGGAGAUGCAUCGCUACUUUGCACGCACCAAUGCCUAUGAUACCGGAGAUGGCCACCUGAUCAACAUUUCACUCGCUGCUCUGCCCCUGAACAACAAUAUCGCAUCGCUCUCUGCAUGUCUCGCCGCUGCUCACGAUGCAUAUGGACCGAAAAAGAGUAUCAUGGCCACCGACACCGCCGUUCUAUUCGUGGUGCAGCCCAACAAUUUCAACAUCGCCGACGAGCGUCCUCUCGAAUACGCAUUAUGGGAUCACGACCCACCCAUUCCCGCAUAUCGAGUCAAUUACCCCUUCGAUCUCCUCCAAUACACGACGUUAACCGAAUCGCGAGAACUUCUCUUCCAUCCACCAUGGUUAGGGUCGAAGUGCGUCGAGAUCUCCGUCGCCUAUAUGCGCGCCGGAUACGAGGCACACGAGUACGAUGCAACCGGCAGAGAAGCUCGUCUUCGAAUCGAGCUUUCCAUGGCGAUCAAAUGUCCGUCGCUAUUGGCACACAUUUGCACGUUCAAAAGAGUCCAAUGUGCGCUCACAGCCCCUGGAGCGCUGGAGCACUUCAUACCCGCCGCAAAAGCAGCGCUGAUCCGAUCAACGUUUGUCUCUAUGUAUCCGCUCGACGGUUCUGAGGCCGGAGCCCGCGCUCGUCGUCUUGCGACUGACCCGGAGCUCUCACGGAAUUAUAUCUUGAAGCCAUCCUUGGAAGGCGGAGGGCAUAAUAUCUUCGGGGAGGACAUUCCUGAUUUCCUGGCUUCGAUUCCCGAGUCUCAGUGGGGCGCGUAUAUUCUCAUGAAGCGUAUCCGGUCACCGUCCGUGUCGAAUGUCUUGUUAUCUGCUGCCGGGUUGGAUUCGGGGGGAGUUAUCUCGGAACUGGGCAUAUUCGGGACAUGUCUUUGGCGGGAGGGCACGGAGGGUCGACGUUGUGAGAUGCUGCAGAAUUCGGUCGCUGGGUGGUCAUUCAAGACUAAACAUGAAGAUGUGAAUGAGAUGAGUGUUGUGAAGGGAUAUGGGUGCUUUGAUACGCCGCUGCUAUUCUGA